AUAGCAAGCUGACCAUAUAGUCUGCUGGCCGCGUAGCAACAGUAAACCCCGCGAACCUCGGGCAAUAUUUGUUUUCUCAUAGAAAAUCAGGGGGCUCUUAAGUUAUGGGUCACCAUAUUGUUUAAUUUUUAAGGAAUGACUCAGUAAUAUUGACUUGACCGGACAUUCAGUCACUAUCUCUCCUUGCAACCGAGAGGGCUGGAGUUAUUCAAUAGGAAGAGCCUUGGAGUGUCGUUUUUUUUUCUAAGUACAGAACUCCGUCUAAAAUGAAUACCACUUACGACGUCACUCACAUUCAGUGUAAUUUGAACAAUGGUUCUUACGUUCUCGUGGAGGAGAAAGAAACAUCAAAAAAAGCCUGGCAAAAAUUCUUACGUGUUGUUACGAUAAAUGAGGAAAACGUUACUGACACUUCGUCACCCCGUGGCUAUGCUGUUUGUCGAUCCUGCAGGCAAAUUCGUCGUUUAGGACCCAAAGGGGGAACUACAGACUUGGAAAAACACAUCUGCCCUAUUCCUGUGACAGUAGAUGACUCGGUAUCCAGGUUGGCCGAAAAAAAACAUAAUAAGAAUCAGACUGAAAAGGACCGUAAAGAUGAAAUCAGUGCACUCAUUAAAGAUAUGGCGUCUCUAGUGAUGGGACAAGAAAACGAAAGUAUUCACUUGCAAGAGCUCACCAGAGCUCGUCUAACACGGGCCUGCCUAUCUGAAAUACCACGUAGUAUAAUCCAAUUUUACACUGAUGGAAAAUCCCCAACGGAGAGACCGCUAAGUUUUUACGACGAGCUUCAAACGCAGUUAAAUUUACUUUCCGAACGAGUUUUUGAAGCUCGUUGUGAAGCUCACAGGGAAUUACAACAGCCAAUGGUUUAUCCAGCAAUAAAGCAAGUGCAAUAUUCAAUAGAUUAUAUGCAGAACGGAACGCCACCUAACCUUCACCUUGGCCUUUCAUACUCUACAACUGACGAAAACAUAAUUGACAUCACUUGGGUUUCGGCUGAUGUUGAGUCUACAUUGGGUUUUGAUCGAAUAAACAUGAUCGGACGGAACUUGUCAGAGUUAGUUCAUCCGGAAGAUUAUGCAGAAGUUGUGCGCACUUUCUUAUUGAGACGGUCGAGCGACGGUUCUACGACGGACAGGAAGGAUUUUAGUUUCCCCGAAUGUCGCGUAACAGAGCCGAUUCGUCAUCGGCUGAAAACAGUUUCGGAAUAUAAAAUGGUUUUCUUGACCGGGUAUAUUCGCCCAUGCAUCCGAACAACUCGGGAGAAAAGUAAUCAGCCAGACAAGCAAAGGUUGAUGUUGUCUACGAAAUCUUCUUGGCCCAGAUUGGCGUCAUUUAUUCACAUCUAUACUUACUAUCAGUAUAUGACGCUACACUCCUUAGAUGGGAAAAUCAUUCAAGCCGAUAAAAGGAUAACAAUGGUAGCGGGUUAUACCUGUGAUGAAGUUAUAAAUAAAUCGGCCCACGACUUCAUUCGCGAAGAUGCAUUACCAAUUGUGUCACAGGCACAAUUUAACUGGUUAUACAACGGCCGCGAAAAUUACAUAUCUUACCCUUUAAAGGCGAAACAUCAGGGAACAAUUGUCUAUGUUAAGUCUAGAGGUGAAUUUGUUUACUUCCGUGACAGUGCAACUAACAAGUUAGUUAUGGGAUUUAUCUUGAAUAACGCUCGUAUACAUGAGGAAGAAUAUUUUAAUGAAGUCUCGAACCCUCAAGUGCAAGUAAAUUCAUCCUCGGGGUCAUCCUCUUCGAUGGAGGAUGGCUUUGAAGCCUCGUCGUUCUCAUCAAUAGCAGUAGAUGAAAAUUACGAAUUUUUUUUUAAUGAGGCCAACGAUUUCUUGUCCUCAACAUCAAUUUCACAUCCUCCCGACACAUCGAACAAUACUGCUUGUGACGACAGUAUGUGGCCCAUGCAUUACAUUAACCAAGGAGGAUCUCCAUCUAAUCAAGAAAUUAAUGGACGGAUAUAAAUCACAAACUUCAGUCUACUGGGAUUCUAGUUGGCUGCUGCUGGUGUAUAAAAGGAAUGUUUAAGCUAUUUAGCUAACAGAAACUGUACAUCUUUUGCAAAAAAAGUUUAUAUAGGUCAGUUAUUUCUUAAAUUAUUGAAUCUAUUUUAGCUGUGUGCAACAAG